ACCUAGACUUCUAGAACCGGAAGGAUAAAGCCCUCCGUGAAAAACUGGGUUUGUAGAAAUCAAAGCCAUAAAAGCAUAUUUCCAGUGGUGGAGAGUAAUUGGUGAGAUUUGUGACAUGGUCAGAGGAAAAAUAAAGCUCAGACCGACAGAUAGGGUAAAUCUUCAUUAAAUUUUAUGAAGCAAGGAAUUAAUCUUGAUAAGGAUAGUUUGAGUAAAAUGAAAAUCUAGGUAAUUGAAAGUGGUUUAAUAUUGCUAAAUAGAAUUAAAUUGACAUAAUAGAGUUUGCUCUGGAAAAUGCUUUAUAGACGAUGUUCUUAUACCUCUAAGUGUUUGUCUUUACAACACAGAGGACAUGUUGGAGUAGCAAAGUUUUUUAUUCCUGGAAGGAGCCUCAGAGAUCAACUGCAUCCAAAAGGUGAUUGAUGGUCAGAGAGGAAAACUGACUUAUUCAAAGUAAUACAGUGAGUAAGAAGCGCUUGUAACAAGCUUAAGUCUAAGGCUUGGCUCUUUCUGUUGACAGGUCUCUGGUUAGUUUUGAGUGUUAGUGCUCUAAGAGAAAGAUUUGUUUGAGGGAAAUAGAGUAGCUGUAAUCGCAAAGAUUGGAUUUAGAGAAGCGGAGUGUAGUGGAAAGAUCAUAGGCUUUUGAAUAUUUCAGGUAAGGAAGUUUGGGUUUGAAUCCUGGCUCUACCACUUGAGCCUUGGAGCUACAGUUUUCCCACCUGUGGAGUGUGGAUUAUGCCGACCUUAUAGAUAGUUAUGAGCAUUAAAUAACAUUAUCAGUGGAAAAGUUCCUAGCACAGUGCCUGCCAUAUAAUAUUAGUUGCUAUCAAGUUCAGUCUCCUACUCUUCUUAGCUCCUAAGAAGUAACAGAGUUGAUCUUCAUCCUCCUCCCCACUUCAUCCCCAAGCAACAUGGAACAAAGGAGCCUGCGUGACUUACAAAUUACAUAACCAGUUUUCAAGUCCUAUGGCUGAAGGUGUCCUCAUGACUUCUCUUGCGGACCAUGUCCAUGAUCCUUUUUGCCUGUGUGGUAAGGGUAAGGGAUGGACUGCCUCUCUCAGCGUCCACUGACUUUUACCACACCCAAGAUUUUCUGGAAUGCAGGAGACGGCUCAAGACUUUAGCCUUGCGACUGGCUCAGUAUCCAGGCCGAGGUUCUGCAGAAGGACGUGACUUCAAUAUACAUUUUUCUUCCUUGGGGGAUGUGGCCUGCAUGGCUAUCUGUUCCCGCCAGUGUCCAGCAGCCAUGGCCUUCUGCUUUCUGGAGACCUUGUGGUGGGAAUUCACAGCUUCCUAUGACAUCACCUGCAUCGGCCUGGCCUCCAGGCCAUACGCCUUUCUUGAAUUUGACAGCAUCAUUCAGAAAGCAAAGUGGCAUUUUAACUACGUAAAUUCCACUCAGAUGGAGAGCAGCUUACAAAAAAUUCAGGAGGAGCUCGACUUCCAGCCUCCGGUGGUUCUCACUCUGGAGGACACAGAUGUGGCAAAUGGAGUGAUGAAUGGUCACACACAGAUGCACUUGGAGCCUGCUCCUAAUUUCCGAAUGGAACCUGUGACGGCCCUGGGUGUCCUCUCCCUUGUUCUCAACAUCAUGUGUGCUGCUCUGAAUCUCAUUCGUGGAAUUCACCUCGCAGAACAUUCUUUACAGGUUGCCCACGAGGAAAUUGGAAAUAUUCUGGCUUUUUUUAUUCCUUUUAUAGCCUGCAUUUUUCAGUGUUAUUUGUACCUGUUCUACAGUCCAGCGAGGACUGUGAAGGUGGUGCUGAUGCUGCUCUUUAUUUGCCUGGGCAAUAUGUACCUGCAUGGGCUGAGGAACCUCUGGCAAAUCCUUUUCCACAUAGGAGUGGCUUUUCUGUCUUCCUAUCAGAUACUGACAAGGCAGCUUCAGGAGAAGCAGUCUGACUGUGGAGUGUGAACGUCGUGACAUGAAUGGAUCCUGUGAUUUUCUUCUGAGGGUCAUCUGUGCUUCCCUGUUUACUUCUCAACUUGACCUCAAGUUUCCAUCCUUGAAGUUCCUUUGAACCAAAAGAACUGAUUAAUGAGAACUGGGGAUUUUGAACAGGUGCAGCUGAAGGCAUGAGGUUUCUUGGUACCCAGUCCUGGUUUUAUGCUGAGCGUCACUGCAGAGUCUCCAGUUCAGCUCGUUUACUUAGGUUGGCAGAAUCUGGGGCCUCAUUUGGAAGGAGCGUUACUGGAAAACCAGAAUGGAAUUAUUUUGGUCUUUUAGGGUGAAUGAUGCAAUAAACCACUAGGUUCAAUAGCACUAGCUUUAGUCAUUGGCAGUUGUGUCUGAGGAACCACUUUAAAAUCCAGAUCAGCUUUUCAGUCUAAAUGUGACUUGGUUAGUUUUUUUUUAGAAGGUCAACACAGGAUGAAUUAAAAAUUUAAAAAUAUGGUUCAUAAAUACUAGAUAAAUUUUGUUUACAUUUUUUGAUAACUUAGGUCCAAUAUGAUACCUUUAGAAUAUUCAAAUAUACUUUGGAUGUAAAUUGAACUUAGCUUCAUUUAGGAUAAGGACAAACUUAAGCUGAGAAAAUGGUUAAGAAAGCUGAGUUUAUUUAAUUUACAUAUAACCUUUUAUGGUGGUGGGACUGUGUGGGUACAGAAAUGUUUGUAUUUAUUUGCAGGGUAUAUCUGAAUAUUUAAGAAAUUAAUUGAGUAAUCAAUGCUACUGGAUCAUAAGCUUAGAAGCAUAAGCAGACAUGAGGAUUUUAGAAUUCCUUGCACUGGGCCACAAACUGGAGUAGGUGAAUCACAGGGAUUCACACAGUGGCACUUUGCAGACGCAGGUGGGAGAAGCUCCUGUCAUCAGCCUGUAUGUGGCAGCUGAGUGCCUGUCAUUUUAAUGAUGAUGAAUACCUGACCCUGUGUACUCGUUCCCAGAAGACCUCACAAAUUAAUUACUCCUCUACACCUUUCUCGGUCAUCUUAAUUAGAGCAAGGGCCUCAUUUGUUAUGAACAAGAGUUAAAUAGCUAUUAACUUUUUUAAAGCUUUAUAAAAAUAUAAUUAACCCUCUGCUCUGAAAAGUUACUUUUCUUUCUCUCAUUGUCAAAAUAUUGACUAAUCAUAGUUUUCCAAAAUGUGGAUCUGAAUAAGAAUAAGAUCCCUUGGUGUCCCAAAAUUUCAGCCUGGGUUGUCCUGUACCAUUCAGGAAGCCAUUUGGAGGAGUUUGCCCCUUUGCAAUGUUCUUAAUAGAAGUCUGGAGUCUGAAUAGCUCAACCACAAUUGCAUAGAAUACUUUGGGUUGAAUUAUGUGGUCUUGGUAAAUUAAAAAAAUCCUGUUUUGAUAGUUGUUAAAAGUUGAAAGUCAUUGCAAGAGUUAUUGAAUAAUGGGGAAAGCAAGAAUGUUUUGGGGACUCAGUUGUACUUGGUGAUUCCUGGCUGUGUGUUGUGCCUGAGCCACCUUGGUAACACUUUAAAAAAAACAAAUCGAUGUGACUGGGAACUGUGCUGGGAAAAUGUUGCCAUGGUAAUUUUAUUUUCUUAUAAUAGAAUUUUCUAUUUUUAAUCAAACAAAAUAUGUGGAUAUGAAAGUUAUAUUGGCAGCAUCCUCAGAUGUAAACUUCAAAUUGUCUCUCCAUCAGUUUUGCAUCUGCAUCAUUUUCUGCACACCCGGCAGGUGAAUUUUCACGCUUUCUGGGAGAUAAGUUUGAAGAGAUGGUAAAAUACCUUGGGAAGCCAAGAACGGGAGAGAAAUCCUGUUAUGUUAGAAGCACAAAAAAAAAAAAAGGCUUUAAAAGUUGGUAAGAACAGCUUACAGAUGUAUUGUUUUCUUUUCGAGCCCAUGUGUUAUUGGCGUUGCUGUGUAGCCCUGUACCCCAGAUGCUCUGGGGAUCUGAGCCUGGGGUCUGCAGUCGGUGAGUAGUAGAGAACAAUUCUUGAAGAGAAGUCCCUCCUGGUGAAUGCUUCCUGCACUGGUGGAGAUGUUAUCCACACCUGGUUAAAUGUGGUCUUAAUCAAUUAACAUCUCCAUGGAUUUGAGAUUUGCUUUUGCAAACAAAAGGAAAAAGAUGUUCUAGACAAACAGUACCGAAUAAGGUCCACAUAAAUAUUGUUUAACUGAAAUCCAGCUAAAAGAAGCCUCUGCUCACUGGAGGAAGAUACUAAUGAUAGGAAAGAAGUUCUGGAGAUUUCAUCCAAGGGAAAUCCCAGGCUCAGGCUUGACUUGGUUCAGGCCCGGGGUGUUGUAGCGCCCUAUGUCAUCCUUGACGCCAGAAAGCUGGCUGCUCACUGCAGGAGUUAUCCUCACCCCACCAUGAACUCAGGGCUGUUCUAGAUCCUGUGUUUCCCAGUGGUUAAAUAUUACCUGCCCAACCGAACUCACAGGGACAGAUCACAGGAAUAGAUGAAAUAACAUUGACAACAAAACCUUAAAAGUGCCUUCUGGUAUCAGAUGCUUCAAGAUCUUGAGCCUCAGAGUGUGUUAUGUCCCAUCUACUGCAUCCGGGCGGGAAUGGGGCUCAGUGCAGGGUUUUGCCUUCUCCAAGUAUGCUAGUGAAGGAAACACAGAGACUGAUUUUCUUUCCCCCAGGCUAGCCUUACUGUGACGAGGAUCAUUUCUGGGUUUUUUUCUUUGGUGGAGACACUUGGGGUAUAUUUGGGGUGAUAUUCCCUCUUGGUACUAGAGGCCUCACUGCCCGCAGUGGGAGGAAUGUGACCACAGGCUCCCAGUUUUGUUUUUCAGUCUUGCAUCCCUGUUAUCUGUGAAUCAAGACCCAACAUUUUAAAGUUCUUUAAGGAGUGAGGAAAAGGGUGUUGGGAGGAGAGCUGAAGUUAAGACAUUUAAUCAUCAUUUCUAUCGACCUCACCUUGAGCUCAUGGUUCUUUUCCUAGGUGCCUCCGUUCUCCAGGUCUCCCCUGCCUCUUUCCAACUCUGCCCCACACACUCUAGUCCUGAGGACAGAGGCUGAAGUUGGGGAUCUCUAGAGGGAUGGGAAAGCCCCUUUAAUUGUAAUCGAUAGGAUGGAUACAGGAGCUUCAGAGAGGGAGCAGCUUGCACUGAGGCCCAUCCCCUCCCCUGUGCAACCCCUAGGAGCUUCAGCACACACCUGGGGGUCGGGGCUCAGAGCGGGGGAGUAGCACUUCGGUGGUUGGCAUUGCUCAGAAUCGAAGACAACAGCCAGUAAGGCUGGCUGUUUGGGGUGUGGGAAGCAGGGGAUAGGUGGGGAGCAGGGCUGGGGGCGCUCUGUCUGCUGGAAGACAGCAGCUGCCCCUGGGCCUGUGGGGGCUGCAUGCUACAUCUUCAUCCAGGGCUGCCGUUUGCUGUUCCCUCAAGGAGUCGACCGCUCCUUGUAACAUGCAGGACAGGUAGCCCUAGGACAACCUGCUGCUUGCACGGUGCAGCGCAGGUGAGGACCGGUAGGGAUGGCAGUGUUUAUGGUGACCAGAUGUACGUGGCAAACCCCUGCUCUGACAUUGCUCACAGUCCAAAUAUUCCUACAUGGACUCCUGCCCAGGUACAGGCACGCUCUACCUGUGCACGGUGUGUUAGUAAUGGUGGAGGAAGAGAGUGGAUGCACGCUUGGGAGGUGAGGCAAGGGAGGGAGCGCAGCGGUCAGCUGGCCAGAAGGCCUGGAGAUCGCCUCGGCUCUUCCUCUUGGUCCUGCGCCACAGUGAACAAGUCACUGCCCGUCAGCACCAGUGUUCUCAUCUGCGAAAUGGUGAUGACAUCAACCUGCUCCCCUGGCAUGCUGUCGUGAGGAUGAGAGUGGAAUUGGAGGGGAAUACUGGAUGAAUCCCGUGUUCAUGUGCAGGAGGAGAAAGGCUUGGAGUUCACCCAGUCUGUGGAGGGUUUUCUGUAUGCUUCAGGCAGCACAGCACAGCCAUGUCAUCUGGCCUUUACAAAAGAGGGCAUUUUACGAUGCUGCAGCGUAAAUGGCCUCAUUCUUUCACCCCAGAAAGAUAGUGGCCUCCCUUCUUCCCCUGGACCUGCCUCCUGCCUUCCCGGCACAGAGCCCCUGGUACUGUUGGUGUUGGGUCCUCCAGGACCGGCAAGGCCCGUUUUGCUGGUUGGACCAAACCUCGCAGUGCCUCCCUGACCUAAAUGAGGAGAGCUCUGAUUCUCCCAUCUGGGAGCAGUGAUGUCAAACUUCUGUUGCUGGGGAAACGUCUUUGGCAGGGAACGUGUGGAAAAGGGCUUGUCAGUAAAAUCUGGGAAUGGCCGGAUAUGGAAACAUCUGCCUGUGUGUACCCAUGGCAGAGCAGUUACCCACAGGCGCCUUUUAUUUAGGGUAAAACCAAAUCCAUUCUGUUCCUCUAACCUAUGCUUGGUACAUAUGACCUUCUUUAACCCUUGUAACAUUCAGGGGUUGCUUCAGAAGUGAUAUUUAAUGAAUUAUUCAUAUGACUCGAUCCACAGGAUUCUAUUUUGUUUAAUGGACUUUUCUGCUAAGAGCAUAAAAGAUUGAGGCUGCUUUAGCCAGGGCAAAACCAUUUCCCUCAUGUAUUCAUUCUGAAUGCUUGCUGUCUGUGUUAUACAAGCGUCUUACUGUUUCAUGUAAUAACAAAGAUCUAUUUUGAGUAAAUGAUGGGUACAUUUUAAUAAACUUUCACACAGUAGUAAAGCCUAAACUUGUGUUAAUGUAUGUAAAGAAUGUUGUAUAGCCAUUUAUAUACUAUGUAUAUAUAAAUUGAAUGAGGUGGCUUCAGCAGUGUGAGGAGAAUAAAUCUAAGGUGCUUAUUAA